UUUAGUUUCUCAUCAUAUUUUGGUAUUUUCAGGAACUGUACUUCCUAAUUUCUCUUUUGGUGAAAUAGGUCUCUGAGUUUGUGGAGAUUCUGUGGAUUUGACAGUGUUUUUUUCCUUGGAACUGUUGAUAGUAAUAAAAUUGAGUGGGGAACUGUUGUUGGAUGAGUUUGCUCCAUGUUGUUGGGUUUGGUCUAAAAGUAGGGCAUCUACUUUGGGUGCCAUGUUGCUUGAUUGUGUCUUUCAUUUACCUCAACUGGUUCAAUUGCAAUCUUGGAAUUAAUCAUAACCAUAAUUGUAGUAACAAUAACAAGUGGAAGAUGGGUUUUCUUGGAGAUUAUGAUGGAAAGGUUUGGCUCAAUAAUUGGUGGGAGAAGAACUUAGGGAACACUUGUAAACAAUACUAUUACAAGUAUAACAGUUUGAGGAGAUCCUGGUGGAGGAAGCUCUGGCAUGCUUAUGUGGUUUUUUGGAUUGUGAUUUCGUCCUCGAGGUUCUUGCAUAUGAGCUCAGAGGCUACUGAGAAGAGGAAGGAAAGUCUGGUUAGCUUGUGUGAUGAAAGGGCAAGGAUGCUGCAGGAUCAGUUUAAUGUUAGUAUGAACCAUAUUCAGGCUAUGUCCAUUUUGAUCUCCACUUUUCACCAUGCCAUGGACCCUUCUGCGAUCGAUCAGAAAACUUUUGCCAGGUAUACGGAAAGAACCGCGUUCGAGAGGCCCCUUACAAGUGGUGUUGCAUAUGCUGUAAGGGUGCUCCAUUCCGAAAGGGAACAAUUCGAGAAGCAGCAAGGGUGGACUAUUAAGAGGAUGGAUACCCUGGAACAAAACCCGGUUCAAGAGGAUGAUUUCGCCUUAGAGGCAUUGGAGCCAUCCCCUAUUCAGGAAGAAUAUGCUCCUGUCAUCUUUGCCCAGGAAACAAUCAAACAUGUAAUUUCUGUUGAUGUGCUUUCUGGAAAGGAAGACCGGGAAAACGUGUUGCGUGCAAGAGAGUCGGGCAAAGGAGUCUUAACUGCUCCCUUCAGGCUGCUCAAAACAAAUCGUCUAGGCGUUAUCCUCACAUUUGCUGUAUACAAGAAAGAACUUCCAUCAAAUGCAACCCCAGAUGAAAGGAUUCAAGCAACUGAUGGGUAUCUUGGAGGGGUCUUUGACAUUGAGUCAUUAGUGGAAAAAUUACUUCAGCAACUUGCUAGCAAGCAGUCAGUCAUUGUUAAUGUUUACGAUACCACAAAUCAUACCCAUCCUAUCGCCAUGUAUGGUUCAGAUGUAUUAGGUGAUGAAUUCUACCAUGUCAGCACUCUCAACUUUGGAGAUCCCUUCAGGAAGCAUGAGAUGCACUGCAGGUUCAAACAGAAACCACCGUGGCCGUGGGAGGCAAUACAUUCAUCAGUUGGCAUGCUUGUUAUUGCAGUCCUUAUUGGAUAUAUUCUCUAUGCCACUGUGAAUCGAAUGUUCAUUUCCGAGGAUAAUUACAAUGAGCAGAUGGAGCUUAAAAAACGUGCCCAGGCAGCUGAUGUUGCAAAAUCUCAGUUUCUCGCCACUGUUUCCCAUGAGAUCCGAACACCAAUGAAUGGUGUCUUAGGGAUGUUGAAUAUGCUUAUGGACACAGAUCUGGAUGUAACACAACAGGAGUAUGUCAGAACAGCACAGGGUAGUGGAAAAGCUCUUGUAUCCCUUAUAAAUGAGGUUUUGGACCAGGCAAAGAUUGAUUCCGGUAAGCUAGAGCUGGAGGCAGUGGUGUUUGACUUACGGGCGAUUUUGGAUGAUGUGUUGUUACUAUUUUCUGAGAAGUCUCAAGGGAAAGGAGUAGAGUUGGCAGUAUAUGUCUCGGAUGAGGUUCCAGAACAACUCAUAGGUGAUCCUGGAAGGUUUAGACAAAUAAUUACAAAUCUCAUGGGCAACUCUAUUAAGUUCACGGAAAAAGGACAUAUCUUUGUUACCAUCCAUCUUGUUGAGGAGGUUGUUCAUUCAAUAGAAGUUGAGCCGCAAUCAACCUCAAAAGAUACCUUAAGUGGUUACCCGGUUGCUGAUAUUCGUCGGAGCUGGGAAGGAUUCAAGGCUUUCAGCCAAGAGGGACCUCUUGGUUCUUUUUCGUCCCCCUCGAGCGAGCUUGUCAAUCUGAUUGUAUCUGUUGAGGAUACUGGAGUAGGUAUUCCUCUCGAGGCACAGUCCCGUAUAUUCACUCCUUUCAUGCAAGUAGAUCCAUCCAUCUCCCGAAAACAUGGGGGAACCGGGAUUGGUCUAAGCAUUAGUAAGUGUUUGGUUGGACGUAUGAAUGGAGAAAUUGGGUUUGUGAGCAUACCCAACAUAGGUUCCACUUUCACAUUUACUGCUGUCUUCACAAAUGGAUCUCCCAAUUCAAAGGAGGGUAGAAGUCAGCAAAUCAACAACCAGCCUCAUCUUGCCUCCUCGGAAUUCCAUGGCACGAAUGCCUUAGUUAUCGACCCCAGACCCAUUCGAGCUAAAGUGUCAAGAUAUCACCUCCAACGUCUUGACAUUCGUGUCGAAUUAGUCUCAGAUUUGGAUCAAGGUUUGUCCCUCAUAACCAAUGGGAAUUCAGCAAUUAGUAUUGUUUUUAUUGAGCAGGAGGUCUGGGAUAGAGAUUCGAGCAUUUCGUCGCACUUCGUCAACAAUACUAGAAAAGUUGACCCUCCGAAGCUAUUCAUACUUGUUAAUUCCAAUAGUUCUUUUAGAGCAAGUUCUGUAAAUUCUGGUGAUCCUUUUCCAGUUGUCAUCACAAAACCUCUAAAAGCAAGUAUGCUAGCUGUGACAUUGCAAAGAGCCAUGGGUGUUGGGAACAGAGGGAACACUCGAAAUGUGGAGCUCCCCAGUUUAUCUCUCCAACAUCUUCUUCGAGGGAGAAGGAUUUUAGUAGUAGACGACAACAGUGUGAACCGCACCGUGGCAGCCGGUGCCUUGAAAAAAUAUGGAGCUGAUGUUGUUUGUGUAAGCAGUGGAAAAGAUGCCAUCUCCAAGCUGAAGCCACCCCAUCAAUUCGAUGCCUGUUUCAUGGAUAUCCAAAUGCCAGAAAUGGAUGGCUUUGAAGCUACAAGACGAAUUCGAGAGCUGGAGCACAUGGCAAGCAUCGAAGCAUCGAUGGACGGUGAUGGUAAUAAUUCCAAGUUGCGUGUUCCCAUUUUGGCUAUGACAGCGGACGUGAUGCAGGCAACAAAUGAGGAAUGCCUAAAAAGUGGGAUGGAUGGAUAUGUUUCAAAACCCUUUGAAGCUGAACAACUUUAUAGAGAAGUUUCACGGUUUUUCCCAACUUCAUGAAAACAGGUCGAAACCGGUGGAAACUGGAAGCAUCUGCACCUGUUCUCCAGGACAUACUUUGUGCAUAAAUAACUUCUCAAGUAUCCUGAGAGGAGUGUACAUAGGAGCCAAGUUUGAUUCGUCGCAAUUGGGUUUUAGAAUUGGUUGUGAAGGUAUCAAAACUCGUUGAUUGUUCAAUGUAAAGUAUUAACUUCCAUCCAUGGCAUCAUCUCAAUCGAGGGGGGGACGACCCGGGUGUGUUUAUAUAAAUGAUUGGUUCUGGACAUGUGGUGUCUCUUCGUUUUAUGUAUGUAGCAAUAAGAAUCCUACUUUGCUCACACCACUCUUGUAAACUUAUUAUAGUUUUAAUACAUCACGUGUGUAUAUAUAGAUAGAGAUUUGAUUCAAGAUGAGAGAAGGAAAUUUUAGGUUCUUAGUGACAAAGGUGGUUUAAGUGCACACCAUACUAGCUCAUCAAUGGUGGCGUGUAACCGUCGUGCCGGAUUCCGGCGACAAAGAUUUGUAACUGAUAUAUUGUGUAGUACAUUGUUGGAGUGAUCCAUGGAUUUUUGGCCGAUUUGUACAUUUUCA